GCGGGUGUGUGGGUGGAGGUGCUUAUCUUCCCGCCAAGAAGCUGUCAAAAUUGUCAAAAUCGGGAUAACUUUGGAGGCCCGAUCCACUGUUGUUUAUUUUUAUUAAAUCAAUCAUUGUUAUACAAAUUUAUUAAUUAAAAGUACUCAGUAAACAUGUCUAAAUCAGAAGAAAAUGAGGAAAAUUGGAUAUCGACUAUGGAUAAUCUGUGCUCCAAGUUAAACGUAGAUACAGUUGCUGCAAAAAAAGCCAAGGAUUCUUUUUUGGAAAUAAAACGUAAUUACACUCUAGAUGGAGAAGCACUUCACUGGAUGGCAUGUGCCAUGUAUGUGGCCUGUCGCACCACCAUCACCCCAACACUAUCAGGAAAUGCUGUGGUGGAAGGAAACUGUGUGUCAUUGACAAGGCUUUUACGAAUUUGCAAUAUAAGCCUUAUACAGUUUUUUAACAAAAUAAAGAAAUGGAUGGAAAUGGCAGCCAUGUCCACAGACUUCAAAGACAGGAUAUCGCACCUGGAGCACAAAUUUGCUGUAUCUACUGUGCUGUUCAGGAAGUUCCAACCAAUCUUCCAGGAAAUCUUUUCAGGAUUAACAAAUGAACCUAUGAAAAGCAGCACUAAAAGCAAGAAGCCAAAGCUACAACCAUGCACGACAAAUGCCCUGUUCGAGUUCACAUGGUGCCUGUACAUCUGUGUUAAAGGAGAGUUCCACACCUCUGCGGAUGAUCUGGUAGACAUGUACCACAUACUGCUGUCAUGUCUAGAUUUUGUAUUCGCCAAUGCCUUCAUGAGCAGAAGGAUUGACUUGAUCAACCCCGGAUUUAAAGGUCUACCAAAUGAUUGGCUGAAAGAUGACUUUGAAUUGCCAAAGAAGGCACCAUGCAUCAUAUCAACAUUGUGUGAAAUCAAGGAGGGAUUGGCAGUGGAGGCUGCAACCAUGAAGGAGUACAGUUGGAGGCCUGUCAUCAAAACUUUUUUUGAUAAAGGGAUUUUGCAGGGUAAUGGUGAUCAGUUGACUGGUCUAUUAGAUGUAGGACUAUUUGACAUCAAUUUGAAAUCAUUGAAUAAUAAUUACGAACAUUACGUUCUCAGCGUAGGUGAAUUUGACGAAAGAAUAUUUUUAGGUGAACACGCCAAUGAACAAAUUGGUACGAAAAAUAAAGUAUCCGGUGAUGAGAUAUCUGAAGUUAUUGCAACGUUUGGACCGAGCGGGAAGGCGUGUCCCGAUACACCGCUAACAGGGCGUGGGUACCUAGGCCGGCGGGCGCCGCUGACGCCGGUGUCGGAGGCCACCAACAGCAUCGCGCGCCUCGCCAACUACCUGCGCCACACCAAGCCGGCGCCGAGUCACCACAUGACCCGGCUGUUCGCUGAACGUGGCGUAUCCGAAGAAGUGAUCAAUACGAGCAUCAUCCAGCCCUGCAACCGCUGGAUGGAGCAGUUCUCCAACGCACUGCGAGAGACCAACUGCAGCGCGGAGACCAUCACGUUCCGCUGCAACAUGGUGACGUGUCUCUACUACAAGGUCUUCGAGCACAUCAUCAGGGAAGAGCACAGGAAGAAACCGCACAUUUCGCUCCAGUUGUUAGUGACGCAGCAGACAUACCAGCUAUCCCUGUUCGCGUGCUGCGCGGAGGUGGUGCUGCACGCGUACGGCGCGCACUCGCUGCGCUUCGCGCGCGUGCUGCGCGUGUUCCAGCUCAGCGCCUUCCACUUCUACAAGAUCAUCGAGCUGGUCGUGCAGGCCGCCAAGGACAACCUGAGUCGCGACCUCGUCAAACAUCUCAACGCGGUCGAGGAGGAAGUUCUAGAGUCGUUGGUGUGGACGUCGGACAGCCCGCUGUGGGAGCGGCUCGAGCAGGGCGCGAUACCGGCCUCCACCGACGUUUACAUAUCCGACUCGCCGCUGCGAAGAAGCAACGGUGGUAUGCAGUCCCCGGUGUCAACAGCGAUCGACCGGUUCCUGCUGCCGAUGGCCGACCACGCCAAGAAGCAGCUAUUCAAAGACAACAUCAAACCAGGACAGUCACUGUUAGUACCAAACAGUAACGUAGUAGUGAAGCAAGAGCCUCUAACACCGACGCAACAGAAUUCGAACGCUCCCAGCGGCGAAACGACACCUAAUUCUACACCCAAGAAAGCCAACAACUCUCUAGUGCUGUUCUUCAGGAAGUUCUACAGCCUGGCAGUAGUCCGCAUGAACGACCUGUGCACCCGCCUGCGACUGACCGACGAGGAGCUAAAGCGCAAGAUCUGGACGUGCCUCGAGCACUCCGUCAUGCACCAGACGCAUCUCAUGCGCGACCGCCACCUCGACCAGAUACUCAUGUGCGCCGUCUACGUCAUAUGCAAGGUUUCAAACAAUGCUAACAAUCAAGUAGAGAGAACGUUUGCGGACAUCAUGCGGUGUUACCGGCAGCGACCCCUGGCGGACAAUCAUGUUUACAGAUCAGUUUUGAUCAAGCAAAGUACUGGAGACAGUUCUCCUGAGAGAGGAGAUUUAAUCAACUUCUAUAACAAAGUGUAUGUGCAGUGCAUGCAGACGUUUGCACUUCGGUUUACUGGCAAGCAUAAAGAUGAGUGCAGCCUGUCGCCCCUGCCGGCCGGCCGCGGCGACGUGCUGAGCUCGCCGGGCGGCCAGCGCGUGUCGGAGCGCCACCAGCUGUACGUGAAGCCGCUCACCUCCCCGCCGCCCGGCCUCAACCAGCUCACCUACCGCUUCAGCCGCAGCCCCGCCAAGGAUCUGCACGCGAUCAACACGAUGGUGUCGUGUGAGGUGGGCGGCAAGCGCAUGAGCGACGCGGCGCAGGACGUGGUGAAGCGCGCGCGGCUCGGGCUGGCCGCGCCCGGCGUCGCGCGCAAGCUGCAGGGGCUCGUGUCCGACCGCCAGGCCGUGUGAGGUAACAUCUGACCGCAAGGACUGCAGACAUACGCUAUGAAUUUUGUCUUUAUUCUUCGGUACUGCAAUAAGACUACCUAUUUUAUUUUAAUCGCAGAAGGCGGCAGAUAUUUUUUCUAUUGGAAUAACAAACUAGCGAUCAUCUUAUUAUUUAUAAUCAAGUCUUUACUUGGAAUACAAGCCAGAAACUGUAACUGGCUCUCUUUAGUGGCUUCGCUUGUAAUAAUUAAUACAUUUGACUUAACAAACUAUGAAUCAAUUUUGAAAGUCAGCCAAGUGUAGCAUUGACGUUUAGUUUAACCUUGUAUCCUUUUUAUUUGUUGGCUCUGUGGCUGGCCCAAAGUGGGUACUUGUGCUAGGGCAUUCGUUAGACGUCGGCAAUCGCAGUGAACUGACACUCAUGAACCAUAUUGAUCUCAUCUCUUUUAUUUAUGUUGGUUAUGAUUUUAAAUAUGCCAUAAAUAAUCUAAACUCGCUCAUUGCUAAUGUAAACUAAGAUUUAAGUUAAGAAUUGAGGUAAUGGCUGUGUCAGAUCAGGUUAGUACAUAAGUCCAUGUAUUUCUGAUUCUUAAAGUAGCGGCGACUGUUCCGAUAGCCUUCACAAUGUUUUUUUUUAAAUUAUGUACUUGUAUUUUUAGGUAUAACUGACAAACUGCAAUAUGCGUCGCCAUCAAAUCGAUUUGUAUUUUAUUUAAUCACACGAUCACAAUUUAUUACACAAAAAGUAGUUUGUAGUGACUUGACUAAUAAACGAGACAAUCAAACUAAUACCAAAGAGAAUUUGAAAUAGAGACGGAUUGUCAAAGUAAAUAAUGUAGCCACAGUAAAUUUAUUGCCAUCUUUCGUCAGAAGAUUAAAACUUUUAGAACCAGUAGGCCAAAGCAAAGAGGAUUUGAAGAAGAGAGUUACUGUCAUGGUAAAUUAUGUAGCUACAGUUCAUUUACUGCCAUCUUUCGACAGAA